UUCGAUGAAUAUUCAUGAGCGACUCGUUAAUUAUUCAUGAGGUUUCGCGGGCUUUUGCCGACCACGUGGAGUCGUUUUUUCGCGCGCGGGAUUCGGGUCGGGAGAGGAAGCUGCAGCGGGGAUGGCGGAUUCCUCCGAGUCCCAGAACGUGGCCACCAGUCCUGCCCGUAGCUCUCGGCGAGAUGCCUUCACUUCCAGCCCGGGCAGAGACCUGCCUCCUUUUGAGGAUGAGUCAGAGGGGCUGCUGGGGACCGAGGGGCUCCCCGAAGAGGAGGAGGAUGGGGAAGAGCUGAUUGGGGAUGGGAUGGAAAGGGACUACCGCCCGAUUCCCGAGCUGGAUGUCUAUGAACCUGAGGGCCUGGCCUUGGAUGAUGAAGAUGUGGAGGAACUGACUGCCAGCCAGAGGGAGGCAGCGGAACAGGCAAUGAGGCAGAGAGACCGUGAGCUGGACCGUGGCCUGGGCCGCAUGAGGAGGGGGCUGCUCUACGAUAGUGAUGAUGAAGAUGAAGAUCGUCCUUCCCGGAAGAGGCGGUUGGCGGAACGGGCUGCAGAUGGGGCAGAGGAGGAGGAUGAAGACAUGAUUGAGAGCAUUGAGAAUCUGGAAGACAUGAAGGGACAUUCAGUAAGGGAGUGGGUGUCUAUGGCGGCUCCCCGGCUUGAGAUCUACCACCGCUUCAAGAACUUCCUGAAGACCCAUGUGGAUGACCAUGGGCACAAUGUGUUCAAGGAGAGGAUCAGUGACAUGUGCAAAGAGAACAGAGAGAGCCUGGUGGUGAACUAUGAAGAUCUGGCUGCCCGGGAGCAUGUCCUUGCCUACUUCUUGCCAGAGGCCCCGGCUGAAAUGCUGAAAAUCUUCGACGAAGCAGCCAAGGAAGUGGUGCUGGCCAUGUACCCCAAAUAUGACCGGAUUGCUCAGGAGAUCCAUGUCCGUAUCUCGCAUCUGCCUCUGGUGGAAGAGCUGCGGUCGCUCAGGCAGCUGCACUUGAACCAGCUGAUCCGAACCAGCGGCGUAGUGACGAGCUGCACAGGGGUCCUGCCUCAGCUCAGCAUGGUCAAGUACAACUGUAGCAAGUGCAGCUUCAUCCUGGGGCCCUUCUUCCAGUCCCAGAACCAGGAAGUGAAGCCCGGUUCCUGCCCAGAGUGUCAGUCGGUUGGCCCCUUUGAAAUCAACAUGGAAGAGACCGUCUACCAGAACUACCAGCGCAUCAAAAUCCAGGAGAGCCCUGGGAAGGUGGCAGCGGGCAGGCUGCCUCGCUCCAAGGAUGCCAUUCUCCUUGCUGACUUGGUCGACAGCUGCAAACCAGGGGAUGAGAUUGAGCUAACAGGGAUCUAUCACAACAACUACGACGGCUCACUGAACACAGCCAAUGGAUUCCCAGUAUUUGCAACAGUGAUCAUGGCAAAUCACAUUGCCAAGAAGGACAACAAGGUGGCAGUUGGGGAGCUGACUGAUGAGGACAUGAAGGUUAUCAUAGGCCUGUCUAAGGAUGAGCAAAUUGGGGAGAAAAUCUUUGCCAGCAUUGCUCCAUCUAUUUAUGGGCACGAAGACAUCAAGAGAGGCCUGGCCCUUGCCCUGUUUGGUGGUGAACCCAAAAACCCUGGUGGCAAACACAAAGUCCGUGGUGAUAUCAAUGUCUUGCUUUGCGGAGAUCCGGGCACAGCCAAAUCUCAGUUCCUCAAGUAUGUGGAGAAGGUGUCCAGCAGAGCCAUCUUCACCACUGGCCAGGGUGCUUCUGCUGUUGGUCUGACUGCCUAUGUCCAGAGGCACCCAGUCAGCAGAGAGUGGACCCUGGAGGCAGGGGCGCUGGUGCUGGCAGACAGGGGUGUCUGCUUGAUAGAUGAGUUUGACAAGAUGAACGACCAGGACAGGACCAGCAUCCACGAAGCCAUGGAGCAGCAAAGCAUCUCCAUCUCGAAGGCUGGCAUAGUCACCUCUCUGCAGGCCCGCUGCACAAUUAUUGCUGCUGCCAACCCUAUAGGUGGGCGCUAUGACCCGUCGCUGACUUUCUCGGAGAACGUGGAUCUGACGGAGCCCAUCAUCUCUCGAUUCGAUGUCUUGUGUGUGGUGAGAGACACGGUGGACCCAGUUCAGGACGAGAUGCUAGCCCGGUUUGUCGUGGGAAGCCACAUCAAACACCACCCUGGCAGCAAAGACGUAGUGAAUGGAGAUGCCCAAGAGAUUAUCCUCCCUAACACCUAUGGCGUGGAUCCCAUUCCCCAAGAGAUGCUGAAAAAAUACAUCAUCUAUGCCAAGGAGAAGGUCCACCCUAAGCUAAACCAGAUGGACCAAGACAAGGUGGCCCGGAUGUACAGUGAUCUCCGGAAGGAGUCCAUGGCCACUGGCAGCAUCCCCAUCACAGUGCGUCACAUCGAGUCCAUGAUCCGCAUGGCCGAGGCCCACGCCCGAAUUCACCUGCGGGACUAUGUGGUGGAGGACGACGUCAACAUGGCCAUCAGGGUGAUGCUGGAGAGCUUCAUUGACACUCAGAAGUUCAGCGUCAUGAGGAGCAUGCGGAAGACCUUUUCCCGUUACCUGGCUUUCAGACGAGACAACAACGAGCUCUUGCUGUUUAUUCUGAAACAGCUUGUGGCAGAACAGGUGAUGUAUCAGAGGAACCGCUACGGGGCCCAGCAAGACACCAUUGAGGUGCCAGAGAAAGACCUGGUGGAUAAGGCUCGCCAGAUCAACAUUCACACCCUCUCUGCCUUCUACGACAGCGAGCUGUUCAAGAUGAACAAGUUCAGCCGUGAUGUGAAACGGAAGGUGAUUCUCCAGCAGUUCUAAGGGCAGCGGCAGAGCCUGCCUUGUGUGCAAGGGAGAGGAGAAGUUGGCAUGUGUCCCACCCAGGAAUGCAACCGGAAAUAGGAGAACCGGAGCACUCAGCCAUUCCCUUGCUUGCUUUGUGCCUUAUGGAUUAAGGGAGUGCCUUAGGGGUGCUGAGCUGCCGAAGGACUUGUAAAUAGAGUUAACUAGGUAAAGGCCCAGCUAAGUCUGUUUGUUAGCAGCUUUGGUAACUCUUGUCUCUUAGCUGAACCUGAUAGGUGAGCAUUGCUGGUUGUGACAUGGGCUGGAUGUUUUACACCCUCCCCACUUCCUCCAUGCUGAGCUCCGGCUUGAGGUUCCCCGUGACGGCACGGCUGGAGCAGUACCAGCAGAAGGGCAUUCCUUCACUGGCAGAUAUGUUCCAAUGAGAUCACCAUAGCCGUCAGCCUCCUGUUUCUGGUUACUGCCUAAUGGAGGGGCUUGGCAAGACUUUAACAUGGCACAUAGAACACGAACGCUUCAAAUAUUAGAGCUGUUUAAGUGUUUAUUGGCAAAGGAGGGGGCCGGUAUUGCAUCUGUCUUGCACUGGGGCAGUGUUCAGAGUCCUUAGUGGGUUGUUAAAUGCCUUGGUGGGUGGAACAUUCUGCCCUAGGUAGGGGUACAGGUCAGAACCAGAACAAGCAUCAGAACCUAAGCUAUAUUGUGGGCUUAGGAAUGAAGCAUCACGCCUCCCCUUCCCCCGCCAGUCCUAAAGCAACCCAGCUUGUACAGGACGCUGGCUAGCUGGUGAGCCUGUCUUCAGUGCAAAGUGUUUCAGUGUCCUUAAGGGCAAAGUCAAUUGAGAUGCCACAGAUGUGAGAGCUGUGGUGGCAAGAACCUCAGCAGGACAAGAUGCAGGAAGAAAUCUGUUGAGGGACGGAUGGUCUGAACACGUUCCUGUGUCACACCUGCUUUUUGUAUAUUCGACUGCGAGUCUUUUGCUCUUUUACUGUGUGUUUGAAUACAUGUGUUUUGAAUA